ACUUUAUACCCAGGUUGUUAAUUACGAGCCAGUAUAAAACGAAGAGUCAGUAACUAAUUUUAAAUUUUUUAAUAAAUACAUGUAUUGAUAAAUGACUCUGUUGCACCUUACUCUAAUUUGCUGCUGUUCAACAAACCAGCAAACACUUCCGUAGGACUUGGACGAUGGUGCUGGGAGCGAGGGUCAUCACUUCCCAAUAUAGAAAGUUCAUCACACACAUCGCGUAGUUGUGUAGUAGUGUUAUUAAGCCAAUCUGUAUAAAGGCCUUCGACGUCUAACAUCCAGAGGACACAUUUACAGCAAUAAAAAAUGGUAUCUUUCGCCCGAACUACAAGCUUCGUUCUAUUCUAUCAUUAUUUUCUUAUGUUUUUCGUUGGUGCGGUGGAGAAACUAAAAGUCGGCAUCAUAGACUACCCUGAUGGCAGAUGGCGGCAACUCGCACGGGAGGUAGCGCUAAUCAAAGAUUUACCAUUUGAUGUGAAGGAUAUGGCGCUUACACCGCCAGUAUCAAUUAAGCAUGCGCUUGAAGUUGAAAGAUUCGUCAAAAGUGAGAACAUCUCGGUCUUGAUUGGUCGUAAUCUGCACCUCAUCACGGUGAUGUCGACAGAGUUAUCUGUCCCGUACCUGAUCACGGAAGAGAACCAUCUCCUCGGCGACAUCAGCCUGGUUGAGCAGCCGGAGAUGGUCCUUACUAUGUUCCCCGGACCCGAUACCAUCAAGCAGCUCAUCGCGGAUCUUAUUGUCUAUUUUAGAAUGGAAGACAUUUGCCUGAUCUAUGAUACGGAGACCGGUCACAGUCUGAUCGGACACAUCUUGUCCAAGAAUGCUAUCUUUAUACGGUCACUACAACUGAAUGUUCUAAAAACUGAUGCUGACCUCAUGGCGGCGAUGAUAGGGUUCAGAAGCACAGGGAAAACUAACAUCAUGGUCUUGGUUCAUCCGUCCAAUAUACCAAGGAUGAUGAAUAUGGCCAUGCAACUAAGCCUCCUUGUACCGGUGUAUCAUUGGAUCAUAGUCACUUUGGAUGCUCGAGUGAUCGACUUCAAGCCUUGGACAGACAGCGGAAUGAACGUCACAAUGUUUCAACUGUCACACGAGGAGACGAACGGCAGAACCAUGCCUCUGCAGGACUCCCUUCUGGUAGAUGCUCUCUCUGUUGUUGACCACACAGUGCAGAACAUCAGGCGCCGAGAAAACCGGACUGUUGCUGGCCUGAAAGACGCCAUUGAGAAGGCCAAUGUCAUUGGCUGGACGGGACCAAUCGAAUUUGACGAAAAGGGGUUUCGAAAGAACCUUAUCCUUGAUAUAAUGGGUUUGAAUGAAAAAGGCAGAUACAAGAAAGGCAACUGGAUUGAGAGUGGCGCAAACGUGACGGAUCGAGUUAAAAUACACGAGCCUCCUUUCAAUGACCUACUGUACGAUGAUGAAGCUUGGCCACUUGGAAGAGAAACUGUCAGGGUCGUCAGCAUUGCGGAAGAUCCGUUCUUGAGGUUGAAGAAGGAUUAUAAAGAGAGACUGGGGAAUGACCGCUUCGAAGGUUACUGUGCCGACUUAUUGGUAGAAUUACAGAAACUUGUCAACUUUGAGUACGAAAUUUACUUCACCCCUGAUGACAAAUUCGGCACAGAAGAUGAAGAUGGAAACUGGGACGGGAUGAUAAGAGAGUUAAUGAUUGGGAACGCAUCAAUGUCAGUGUCCCCUCUGAUAAUUUCCACGGAGCGGGAAGCCGUUGUGGAUUUCACCAAACCUUUCAAGCAAUGUGAUAUGAAUGUCCUGAUAGCGCGACCGGAUAAGAAAUAUAACUUGCUCCAGUUCCUCACGCCCCUUCACUGGACAGUAUGGAUUCUGAUGGCUGUGGCCGUGAUCGUCUUAAGCAUUGUACUCACAAUGAUCGACAAAUUUAAUCCAAAUGAUGAGUUCGACGCGGAGCAGCCACGGUUUAGCUACAGUGAGAGCCUCUGGUUCUUCUCCGCGUCAUUAGUUCAGGCAGGGACGGAGAGUACACCCCAGGUCCUCUCGGCAAGAAUACUUAGCAGCUUCUGGUGGUUCUUUAGCCUCAUCAUCAUUUCUUCAUACACGGCCAACAUGGCUGCCUUUCUGACCAUGUCACAGAUCAGCACACCAAUCAAUGGAGUUUUGAGUCUCGGGGAUCAGAACGAGGUCAGGUAUGGAACAGCCACGGGGUCAAGGACGGCCGACUUCUUCCAUAGGUCAAGCAGGGAAACGUUCAGGAAUAUGUGGCUUGCCAUGAGCGCAGGAAACAUGGUGGAAAACACGGCUGUGGCAGUACAAAAAGUCGUCAAAGGGGACUACGCUUUCAUUUGGGACGCGCCGGUCAAUGACUUCAUCGCCACGCAAAACUGCCGCACCAUGGCUGUCGGUGGGCCGUUCCAACAGCAAGGGUACGGGAUCGGCCUGCCUAUGGGAGCGACGUACCGGGACGUUCUUACCAUCGCAAUACUUAAACUAAACGAGAAUGGGAUACUACAAAAGUUGGAUGAGAAAUACUGGGGGGCCAGUAAGUGUGCUUUAUUAGAAGAUGCUGCAACUAAUACUGAUACGGCAGAACUUGAGAUCCAGAACGUCGGGGGCAUCUUCAUCAUUCUCUCUUGCGGGAUUCUAAUAUCGCUGGUGGUGUGUGGACUAACGUAUUGCUGGCGGAAAAGGAAAGAGAAAUUGACCAAUAUCCAUCCAAAAGGUAUCACGAUUGAGGACAAAUGGAACGAGCUACAAGAAAGGAGACUGGGAGGAAAGUCGCUUUAAGAACGAUGAUGCAAGCUAUCAAGUUGUCAAUUUCCUGAUUAUGCAGUUUCAGCUCAUACAUGUGAACCCCUUUCGAUUCGAAAAAUGAGUAGUGCUGAACACCUGCCGACGAGUUCUUCUUCAUUUUUGAGAGAAUGGGUGAUAUGAAUAAACACUAGUAAAUGCUUUUACUUCUAUUUUGUACAGAAAUGCCUAGUGUAAAUGUACGUGAAGUUUUAAGUAAAAGCAUUUCCUAGUCUUUAUUCAUAUCACCCAAUGUCACAUGUAACAUGAAAAAAAUAUCAGGAAAAUCAGUGUGACUGCCGAUAAACGAGACAGCUACUUAAUUUUGGGUCGACGAAGAUUGGAGGUUGGUGAUGACGGGACAGAGGACUGCUGAUCGCCGUACUAGUUUUCUAUAAUUUGACCUGCAUGUAGGCUAUAUAUACCUCGCGUGGUAAAAUAUAAAAAAUGUAAAUAAAACUCAAAUA